AUGGAACCCGCACCAGAGGUCGUCCUCGAAGCGGACUCGCUUUCGCAGCUCAACACAGCGGACGCUCGAUCUCUGCUCGACACCAUCGACGGCCUUCGGGCGCUCGGCGUUGGCGAUUUCGUUCAACUCCCUCAAAUCAUCGUGGUCGGCGACCAGUCGUCCGGUAAGAGCUCAGUGCUCGAAGCCAUCUCGCGCGUCCGCUUCCCUGUCGACGGCGACCUGUGCACUCGCUUCGCCACCGAGCUCGUUCUCCGGCGCGCACCUGAGACGGCCAUCAACGUCAGCAUUCAAUUCGCUGAAGCUGUGUCUGGAAAUGCAGACGAUGGCACCCCCAACACUCCCCGCGCCCCUCCUGCACCCUUCCACAGAGAUAGUUUCGAUCGCCACGCCCUGCCAGACAUCAUCCGGGAAGCCAAGCAACGCAUGGGCAUUUCCAACAACGGCGCAAAGCGCUUCUCCAAGGACGUCUUGCGCGUCGAGGUGACCAGCCCGGACGUGUACCCCCUCACCCUCGUCGACCUUCCUGGCAUUUUCCACAGCUCCACCGAAGAGCAGAACGACGAGGAUAGGGAGAUCGUCAACGGGCUCAUCGAGAGCUACAUGGAGCAAGCCAAGAGCAUCAUCCUGCUCGUCGUCGCCGCCAACCAGCCGCUCGCUAACCAGGCCGUCCUCUCCACCGCGGCGCGCCACGACCCCGACCGCGAGCGCACCAUCGGCGUCAUCACCAAGCCCGACAUGGCCGGGCCCGCCAACGAGCGCAAGUACCUCGACCUCGCCAAGGGCCGCGAGAGCGUGCAUCGGCUCGCGCUGGGCUGGUAUGUGUUGCGCAACCGGUCCGAGGAGGAGCGGUCGUCGGAGGCGGAGGUGCGGGAUGCCGUUGAGGAGCGCUUCUUUAGGACGGGCGAGUGGAACUCGAAGAAUCUCGGUAAUCUUAUUGAUGAUAUUGAGACGAGGUUGAGGGCCCGCCAGCAGGACCUGACUCGCGCUGGAAAGCCCAGGUCUACCCCGGAGGAGCUGCGGAGUUAUCUUCUGGGCAUUGCGGAGGAGUUCCAGCGGCUGGCGCGCGAUGCGGUCGAGGGGCGGUACAACGAUCCGUUGUUUGGGGGAUUCGACCAGGACGACACGCGGCUGCUGAAGUUGCGAGCGCUGUUGAGAAACAUGAACGACGCGUUUAACUACGUUAUGCAAAGGAAGGGGGCGAGCUACAAGAUCCAGUGGGAGGAUGCGGAUGCCAACGAGGCUGCAGAGGAAGAAAACGGCGGCGAGAUUGCUGAGUAUUUGCAACCGUUGUAUGAGCUCUACAACGCCCCCGACCCCGAACCAAAACCGGAGGCGGAGCUUAACGCGUUGCUGCAGUCGUUGGCAUUCUCCAACCGUGGAAAGGAGUUUCCUGGGGACACUAACCCCGAGCUUGUCUUUCUACUCUUCAAAAAGCAGGCGGCGCCAUGGGAAGCUAUUGCACAACAGCACCUGGAUUAUGUCCUCUCAACAGCCAAGGAGUUUGUGCACCGCGUGUUUCGGCAUGUGGUUGGCACCGACGACGCUACCCUGAACGCCAUCCUCCACGACUGCGUGGACCCCUUUUUUGCCGACAAGGAAGAUAUUCUCAGCGCUAAGCUGCGCGAGAUCAUCACGCCCUACAAAGAUGGCUACGGGCCACCUCUUGACCUGACCUUCCGCGAGGAAAUGCAGGCCAAGACGUCGCGGAGAUUUGCCGUCCAGUUUGCCCGACGGUUGGAGAGGGAGCAUCCCGAGUUGUUUCAGAUCGACUUUGGCACGGCCGCGGCCCUGAAUCGGCAGAUGAUCCUGAAUGCCGUGGAUGGCCCGAGCCGGGUGGAUGGUAGCAUGUUUGACACGGAGAAGGUCAUUGACCAGAUGGCGAUAUACUAUAAGACGUCACUGUUGACGUUUGUCGACAACAUCAUCAGCCUAGCCAUCGAGUUCUGUCUGAUCCGCGACCUGCCAACCAUCUUUACCCCGACAAAGGUCGACGGAAUGGACACGGCGAGGCUGCAAUAUCUAGCAUCGGAGACUGAGGAUCUGCAGAGACAGCGGCAGGAGCUCCAGCAAGAGGUCACCAUCCUGCGGGAAGGAUUGCGCAAGUGCCAAAGGCACAGGCCCCCCCAGCAAAGCAGGCUGCCCUCCGCUUUGUUGCGGUUGUCUACCGGUGGUGUACCAGGGGAAGUCUCAAGGGAUGUCACGCCGGAGCCGUCAGUCACCCCGUCUGGAGACCCGACACCGUCACCAGCACCAGAGCCGCCCAUCGCCCCAGCCGCAACAACAGUCCCACCCAGCACACAACCUCCAUCUCGUCCUCCCACCUACGGUCAAAGCGUGUUGAACGGUCCCCUCCCUUCUAGCGGCUCUUCCGGCGGUAGCAACCCACUCGGCGGGGCUCCGACCCCGGGCAUUAGCCUUGGUUUGGGCAGUACGCCUAACUCCAAGAGUUCUGGGGGGAUACCCUCUGCCUCGGGCACUGGGUCUGGUUCCGUAAGCGGUGGCUUCGGUCUCUUUAGCACGCCCAACACCAGCAGCGCCUUCGAAAAAUCCGCUUCCGCGGCCGCUGGCUCCGGUCUCUUUAGCACGCCCAACACCAGCAGCGCCUUCGGAAAAUCCGCUUCCGCGGCCGCUGGCUCCGGUCUCUUUAGCACGCCCAACACCAGCAGCGCCUUCGGAAAAUCCGCUUCCGCGGCCGCUGGCUCCGGUCUCUUUGGCACGCCCAACACCAGCAGCGCCUUCGGAAAAUCCGCUUCCGCGGCCGCUGGCUCCGGUCUCUUUAGCACGCCCAACACCAGCAGCGCCUUCGAAAAAUCCGCUUCCGCGGCCGCUGGCUCCGGUCUCUUUAGCACGCCCAACACCAGCAGCGCCUUCGGAAAAUCCGCUUCCGCGGCCGCUGGCUCCGGUCUCUUUGGCACGCCCAACACCAGCAGCGCCUUCGGAAAACCCCCGUCCUCGGGCGCUGGCUUCGGUUCGAUAAGCACCCCAAGCACCACGGGCAGCAACUCCUUCGGGGCAGCCCCUCCCACGGGGACUGCCUCCGCUCCGAACGGUAGCACCGGCACCAGCAACAACACCGGCGCCGGCACCGGAAGGGGCACUGGUACCGGCACUAACGCCAGCGCUGGCACCGCCGGAAAACCACAAACCCCUCGUACGUAA